GAUAGAAUGAAAUCUGAUUCACUUAUUUUAUAUUGAACUGGAUUGAACUGGAGCUCAACUAUGAUGCAAAUUUUUGUAUUGUUGCUGGUUGUUUUUGUCAGUGUACAAAGCCAAAUCCACAUUGCUGACGAUAACUAUUUUCUCGAAAGACAACGAGUGAAACGUGAUGCUGCUAGUACUACGUGCCCAAAUGGAAUGUCCGUGGCUACUCGUAACGUAUUUGACAAGACAGUUGCUAGUGGAAAGACAUGGGAUUGCACUUUGGAGAGUAAGGCUCAGGCAGUGAUCAAAGAGUGUUUGUUGGAUAACGGUGGUGUCACUAAUGGAACAUUGAAACUAAGUUUCCCAGUGACUGGUAGUACAACACCAGAAGCAACUAUUCAACAAUUUCAAACAGCUCUUCAACUUGCAUCCAGCAAUUCGAAUAGCAAGUCACAAAUUACUGAAUCGAUUGGAUGCUCUUAUGCGCAGUGUCAAAGUAGACUCGACAUUCUUUGUCUCUUCAGCCACUCGUCCACUGUACCUCCACUUCCAUAAAUAUUGCACCACAAAUUUCUUGAUUUAACUUUUCGCAUGACCUUGAUUAAAUUAAACUCAUAUUGGAAUCAAUUCAAAUAAAGAACACUUAUCAAAUC